AGCAAUAUUAGCGAUAGCUGACAGCAGGCGAGCAACACAAGAGGUGAGGGAGCACAGAGAACUGUCCGCAGCGGUGCAGAGGAGGAACUUUCAUCUUCUCAGAAGGUGUCAGAAAGGAGAGUGUGAAAACCACCCUGUGCUACUGGAUGGUUGACUGAGCUGUGGGGGAACAUCUGGUGCACAUUUAAAUCCAAGAACCUGUCCCCUGCACCAAAUCGUACCCUUUGACCUUUAGCCCUAACAUCCCAUUUGGAGUGUGAUCUGGUGGGAUGGCAGAGGGCGGUGUGCCUACAUGCCCCCAGGUAUUUGUGGUUGACAGCCAAGCCAACUAUGUCUCUGUGCCCAGUGGAAGGAAAGCAAGAUGGGCAAGAGUAAGCCAAAAGUUUCUUCUCCUGCUGGUGGGACUGGCCCUGUUGGGACUUGUCGUGGAGGGAAUUUUCAUCUACAGUCUGUAUGAAAAAAGUCAGGAAUUUUCCAUCUGUAAGUUUCAUCCUCUCUGCCAGAACCUGUCCAAUCCCCAAACAUCUGGCCAGCAGGGUGGCACCAAAAUGGGUCAAGUGGGACAUAAAGAGUCCAAUGAGAUUCCCACAGUGGGACCACUUCUGAAACAGGUCCAGCAGAAACCCUUUGCUCAACUGACAGGCUCCAGUAAUCCUUAUGGGAGGGACAAUGUGGUGCUGUGGGAAAAUGUACAUGGCGAUGCUGUCACCUACAACAUGGGCUAUGACAAUGGCCGGUUGUUGGUAGUGAAGGCUGGUUACUACUACCUCUACUCCAAAGUGACAGUAAAUGCUGUACAGGACUGUUCGCUUAUUCAGCACAAAGUCAUGAGAUACACCGCCUCCUACGGAAAACCAAUGGAGCUUAUGAGAUCAAAAAGGCAUGUUUCCUCCAGAAACCGCUGCCGGACCCAGGUAACCCCGAGUACAACGACUCCAAGCGGGGAAGAUCUGUGGAACAGUUUCCUGGCUGGGAUCUUUCACCUGGAGAAGGGAGAUAAAAUUUUUGUCACACUGAGUGAUAUACAAAAACUGCGUCAAGGAUCUAAAGACAAUUUCAUGGGGGCCUUUAUGAUACUUCCAGGCCAACCGCAGCAAUAAUACCUCUGUCCUACAUCAGAUUCUAUGCUUCUGUGUGUUAAUUUACUCCAUAUGUUGUGAUGAAUUUUAUAUAUCUAAUAUAUAUAAUCUAAAUUAUACUGUACACAAUGAAUGUAUUUCAAUCCCUUUAUGAGAAAACAACAAAUGGUUGUGAUAUAAAAAGUACCUGAUAUUCAGGUUAUAUAAUUCUACUUGAUUUUUGUUUUGUGAAUAAAAUUCAGUUUUCUAUCAAA